CUCAAAGAAAGGAGAAUCUUUGGCGUCGAUAAGCUUUGGAGACUUGAGUUGCUGAACUAGGCCAUCUGUGGCGAUGGCUGAGAUUAACAGCAGCACCAAUAGCACCAACAGCAACAGCUGGACCAUUCUUGCUCCAGAGGUAAAGGAGUCUGGUGUAGAAGGUCAGGCUGAACUCCAAACAGAAGAUCUCCAAGCAGAACCAACUUUUCCUCAAAAAUCAGAGCUCAGAGAGACUCAACCUCACACUGCUGAACCACCUCAGGUGGCACCUCUGGAGAACAGUGAAGUUGCUGCCGGUACACACAUUGAAGAGGACACAGCAGCCAGCGGCCCCGGUCACAUCGAUAACCUGACCUCUCUAAGCUCCGACCUAGAGGAGCAAGAAGCCGACGGUGACAGCCAUGCAAGCAAAGCUACUCUAGAAUCAGAUCAAUUCUCUGACACCUAUACACACAUAAGCCCUUCAUCUAAAUGUACUUCAGUACCUGCAGCCUCUCUGGAUGGUGAGGGGUUUUUACAAGAUGAAGAGAAGUAUGUGCCGAAGAAGAUUCUGACAGAAGAGUUUAAACCAGACGUCGAAGAGAAGAAAGACAAGGAUGAUGGACUGAGGAAGAGAAACAUCUCUCUUGUAAGCUCUCUGGAUCAUCGAGAUGAUGAGGAGGAGGAAGAGGAGGAGGAACAGUUCAGGCCACCACGAAGAGAAGUAGAUAUUGGCUUCUCUUUGAACAAGUGCAUUUUUGGAGCCCUUAUUCUCCUAGGACUGGGCACUGUAUUUUUCUCAGGUGUGUUCAUCGAUCUGGAUGAUGAAGGUGACACUGGUGCCAAGGACCAGACAUAUUCAGAGAUUAAAAAGGAGUGGUUAAAUCCUGACGUUCAAGGAGACACAGAAGGCGUUCAGCCACCAGAAAUGCAGAUCACUAGUUUACAAGCACAGAUACAGCAGCAGGAAGCGGAAUUAAAAACGGCACAACAGCAAGUGGAGGAAGGCACCAAGGAGCAGCAGUGGAGGGAGCAGCUGGAAUUGGAGAACCAGAAGAUGAGAGGAGAGCUAGAUAAACUACCCACCCUUCAGAAAGACCUGGAGCAGGAGCAUGAACGAGUGAAAAGUGAGAGUGAGAAGGUGAAGAAGGAGCUGGAGGCUCUGCCAGCACUGCAGAAAGAGCUGGAGCUUCUGAAAGAUAAAGUUACACAACUCACAGCGAGCGCUCUGGGUGGUGCUCCCUCAGCUGGAAAUGAAGAAGAGGUAUCUGGUGGCCCAGUUCAAACAGAGAAAAAGGAUAAAAAAAGAAAAGCAAAAGACCAGAGAACUGAAUCCAAGGAAAAGAAGGAAUGGAAAAAGGACGCUGUAACGACGGAGGAGAAAGACGAUAAGAAAAAAAGUCCAAAGGAACAGAAAAAGUGGGAAAAGGAGAACCCUGAACAAGACAAAGAAAAAGGCAAACACUGGAGGGGAAAAGAAGAUCGAAAAAAUGGGCCAAAGGAGAAAAAGGGAGAGGAAGGUGAAAGAUGGAAGCACAGCAAGGAAAAUCUAGAGCUUAAAGAUGGGAAAGGAAAAAGGGAGAGGAAGGAAGGUGAAAAAUGGAAGCACAGCAAGGAAAAUCAAGAGCUUAAAGAAGGGGAAAGAAAAAUGGAGUGGAAGGAAGGUGAAAGAUUGAAGCACAGCAAGGAAAAUCAAGAGCUUAAAGAUGGGAAAGGAAAAAGGGAGUGGAAGGAAGGUGAAAAAUGGAAGCACAGCAAGGAAAAUCAAGAGCUUAAAGAUGGGAAAGGAAAAAGGGAGUUGAAGGAAGGUGAUAGAUUGAAGCACAGCAAGGAAAAUCAAGAGCUUAAAGAUGGGAAAGGAAAAAGGGAGUUGAAGGAAGGUGAAAGAUUGAAGCACAGCAAGGAAAAUCAAGAGCUUAAAGACGGGGAAGGAAAAAGGGAGUUGAAGGAAGGUGAAAGAUUGAAGCACAGCAAGGAAAAUCAAGAGCUUAAAGACGGGGAAGGAAAAAGGGAGUUGAAGGAAGGUGAAAGAUUGAAGCACAGCAAGGAAAAUCAAGAGCUUAAAGAAGGAAAAGGAAAAAGGGAGUGGAAGGAAGGUGAAAGAUUGAAGCACAGCAAGGAAAAUCAAGAGCUUAAAGAAGGAAAAGGAAAAUGGGAGUGGAAGGAAGAUAAAAAGUGGACAUCGGAGAAACAUGAGGAGUUAAUCGAUGAUAGGCGGGGGAAGAAAGGGAAGGAUUCUAGAGAGAAAGGCAAGGAAGACAAACAAUGGAAGCAAAAAAGUGAGCAACAUGAUCAGAAGCAUGAGAGAGACGGAAGACAAGGUAAAAAAGCUGAUUUUACAGACAAAGGCUGGAAAGACAAGAAGAAGGAUUGGAAAGAGAGAGAAGACUGGGACGGUGAAAACCCGAGAAAAGCAUCAGGUGAUGAAAAGUACAGUGACCGAACCCGCAAGGAGAAAACAUGGAAACAGGACAAAGAACGUCCAGAAAGAAAAGAAAAAGAGAAAAAGCACUGGCGUGGAAAACACGAAGACCACCAAGAGGAUGGAGAAAGACCUGAUGAGUGGAAGGAAGAGGGAAAACAUAAAGACAAGCGCCACAAAAGUGAAGAGAAGUGGAGCAAAAAAGGCAAAGACAAGACAUCCCGAGAUUUAAAGACUGACCAUAAGCACAGCAAAGAUCACACGCAUGGUAACUACUGGACCGAGCAAAGAGAAAAGAUCCGUCACUAUCGCGGGUCUAUAGAGGGAUGCACUGACGUCACGACCUGCGCCCACGCCGAAGGCCUCGCACCCGUUUCUCAACAGGAUUUUGACGCGUUCGUUUCGGGCUACCUGACGAAGCUCGUAGGAUCUGAGGAGCAAGCUGGUAAAAAAGAGGAACUCAACAAGCUAAUCGGCGAGUUCUUUACAAACGGGGUGUUCGUCCAUGACCAGAUACCGUUCGGAGAGUUUGUCGAGGAUGUGGCUGACAUUUUGGAAGAUUUGGCGGAGGAGGAGGAUGAGAAGAUAGAGGACGAGAUGGAUGGGUUUGCUCGAGACGCAAUGGAGAAAUUUGUGCUUCAGGGAACGGACGCGAACGACGAAAAGACUAAAAGUGGAAGGAAAAGGAGGUCAGGUUAAAGGGUUUAAGAAGAUUAUGAAUAGAAAGCAGAAGUUCUACAGGAUCUGUGAGAGAACUGAAGAGGAAGACACACCUUUGGCUGUUCUAUAAAUAAAGAAAAUGUUGCAUUAUGCUGAAGCUUUGAUAGCUUGGAGGAAAAAUAAUACCUUUCUUUUUUUAAUGUUUAUCAACCGCAAUAAGAACGUGGCUAUAUUUUCUCUACUGCCUUCUUUAAUUGUAGUGACAAACUAUGAUGCCUCUGAUUUACAUUGAUCCUUUUUUCAUCUUGCAUUGUCCUAAUUGGAUUAUACUCAAUUUCCCUGUGUGCUGUGGGGCCAUCUGUGGGUUGCAUAACACCCACACUGACCGUUAAGGGCUGCAGGCAGGUUUACAUUUACAUUUGCUUUCAUCCAAAGCGACUUACAAUUAUGUCUGAAUACAAUUCGAGCAAUUUAGGGUUAGGGUCCUUGUUCAGAGGCCCAACAGUGGCAACUUUGUGGUGGUGGGGCUUGAACCGGCAACCUUCUGAUUACUAGUCCAGUAGUUUAACCGCUGAGCUCAGACAUUUACCUUAGUGGCAUUUAGCACAUGCUUUCAUCCAAAGCGACCUACAAAUAUGUCUGAAUACAAUUCAUUUAAGUUAGGGUUUAGGGCCCCAACAGUGGCAACUUGGCAGUGCUAGGGCUUGAACUGGCAUCCUUAUGAUUAAUAGUCCAUUGCCUUAAUCGCUGCCCUAGACGUAGGAGUAACAGUUGCAUCAGUGAGGUGGUUUUAGUCUCGUGUCUUGGGUUCUUAUGCGCUAGCGUAUUACACAUCUGUCCAGCCAAGCUCCGCUACAUUAAUUUUUUUUUUUCCUCUAAUCUAGUCGUAUCCAAUUACCCUGCUUGCGCUACGCUUCACCUCCACCGAUACAUCCCUCCACUGCUGACUGAGGAGCCUCGUAACUGACACACGCCCCCUCCGAUACGUGAUCAGUACCGACUGCAUCUUUUCACCUGCACGAGGCAAGUUCAUAUGCACAUCAGCCCUGUGCAUGGAGAGUGACACCCUGAUGGCAUUAUUCCUCUACUCUGUGCAGACGCCAUCAAUCAGCCAGCAGAGGUCGUAAUUGCAUCAGUUAUGAGGUCCCAAUCCGACUCCAUACCUGGAUGAACAACAGCCAAACGUUCAUAUAGCCAUCCAGCCCAGCCGGAUGGCAGAGCUGAGAUUCAAUACGAUGUAUUCAAAAUCCCAGCUCUUGGUGUGCUCUGGUGAGCGGUCGCUACAUUGAUUCUUUACCCUACGUCCACACUAGCAGGUGAAAAUCCCCUUAUAUUUCUCUGUUGGGCGUCUAGAAAACCAAUGCGGCUUUGUUUUAUGUGCAGGCACUGACCAGGCAUUGUUUGAAUACAACCCAGAAAAUAAUAGACUUUUAAUAGCUUUUGCUCAGCAAGCUUCUCUUUCUGUUUCUCUUAUGUGCACCAAAUACUUUGAAACGUCAACUGAACCCAGUAAGAGUCUAAAGCUGUGAGGAAAUGACAUGGGGCUCUUAAACUGGACAAUUGUUACAUUAAAUCUACCAUAGUCAAUCACUGAGAUUUGCUGCUGAACUGCAACAUACUUAAUCUUAAAUGAACCUCAUUAGUCGGUCAGCUCUUGUUUUGCCUCCUGCUGUAGCUUGAAUCUGUAUCUUGCUUAUACAUAGAAAAUUGAUGGUUGCCGGUUGCUUAGUGUGAAUGUGGGGUUAGACUUUAGUCAGGGCUUUCAUCUCCUCACAUGUCAGACACAGUGGCAUAGUUGGUCUAUUUUUCUUGACCGUUCUUAUACAAGCGCUUUAGGAAAAGUUUGUGUAUUAAAACCCUUUUCUAAAAUCAAAAUAUAGCCAAAUGUGACUGAUUCCUCUUUGAAGUGGUGUUACUUUUUGUAAUAUCACAUUUACAUGCACAUUUUGUCUAAGCACUGUUGUUGCAGAACUGCUUUAUUGAUUUAAAUAGGAACAAUUCAAUGAACACAUUUUAGAAUAGAAUAGAAUAGAACGCCUUUAUUUGUCAUAUAUACAUAUACAUGUCUAUAGGAGAACGAAAUUCUUACUUUGCAUAUCCCAGCUUGUUUGGAAGCUGGGGGUCAGAGCGCAGCCCCUGGAGCAGAGAGGGUUAAGGGCCUUGCUCAAGUGCCCAACAGUGGCUGCAUGGCAGAGCUGAGAUUCUAACUCUCAACCUUUUGAGUUGAUAGCCCAAAGCUCUACCCACUAGGCUACCACUGUCCCUACUACUGUUUAUACACUUCACUGAAUGUAUUUACAUGUAGAAAAUUUGCCAGAACCAGGUCUCCAGUAUCAGCUCACAACAUCAGGACUUCGAACUCUAGUCUUAUUGGUGCCACCGGCCUGGUUUGUUGCCUAAUGGGGAUGUCUAAGAAAUGAAAGGCUGUGCUGAUAUUUGGCUCCCUGUCACAGCAACUGCAAGGCUUACUGCCUGGUCAAGGUGUCGGGACUAUUAGAGGAGGAAUAUAGAAGACAGAAUGUGUUUCUCAGUACAUCUUAAAGCUUUCUGUUGGAAUCCAGAAUACGUCAGAGACGCCGGUUACUAGUUUGUGCCACUAAAUUGGAUGCAAACAAAUAUGCCAAUAUGCAGAAUCUCCCAGUAUUAGUGCUUUAACGUCAAACAGUUCUCAAGAUGUCUGUAGCAUCAUUUGGAUGGUACUAGUACACUAUAUGAUCAAUAGAAUGUGCCCAUCCUUUCUUAUUAUUGCAAUUCAGAUGUUUUAACCCCAUCAUUUGCUAACAAAUUAUUAAUAUAUGUAAUAAAUUAUGCAUUGUUAAAAUUGUGACAACUGUUGUGGAAAGUCCCUUUCCUGUACCAAGGUAAAUUUGGUGCAAGCCAGACAUUUAAUCCAACAUCAAAGCCCAGCUUUACAAAUGCUCUUUUGACUAAGAGGGCACUAAUUCCUACAGGCAUGCUCCAAAAUGCUGUGGAGAAGCUGCAGUUAUAACUGCAGAACAGUUUUGAAAUGGGAUGUUUAACAAGCUCAUGGUUAAGAGCCAUGUAGUUUGUGUGUGUGUGUGUGUGUGCAGUGUGAAAGUGAGGUACUUCCUGCUGUUGAUAAGAAGCUCCAGCAGCUGUUCGGUUUGUUGACUUGUUUUCUGUUACAGUGCUCUUAAAUCCAAGUUCAAGAGAAUGAAAAUGGAAAUAAAAUUGCAACCUUUUUUAAUAAGUUGGCAAUAAUCCUUUGGUACUCGUUGUGAACGGAAUAUAUGCAGUAUUUCAAGCAGAAAUUAAAUUAUUAUUAAAUUAUUUUUGUUUUUUAGCAUGGGUGACAAUGUUGACCAUCUAGUUAUAAUCCAUGUCCUAACAGAGCUAAGAUUUGUCACCAUGUAUUUCUGUUCGUCACCAUUGUUCAUAGUAUGAGCUACUGAUGUUUAAUUUGAAUUGUUAUGCUAAUUUAUCAAUAUGUCUGUAUAGGAAAUACUUAAUGUUAUUUUUUUCCUUUUCUUUUUUUUGUAAAAAGUUAAACAAUCAGUCAGAAUUUAUACACCAUAUGGCCAAAAGUAUGUUGCCACCUGUUUUAUUUAUUGAGUUCAGGUGGUUUUAGCCACACUCCUCACUAACAGGUGUAUACAAUAAUUUUAUGCAUGCAACAGUUUGGCGAAGACCUUUUCCUGUUCCAGUAUGAUUGUGCCCGUGUGCACAAAGCAAGCGCCAUACAGAGCUCCGACCAGCCAGAAUUUCAAUCGCAAGCCUGGUAUCUGACCUUAGAAAUCCUUAGAAAACCUUUUUAACAUCAAAGUCUUGUGGAAAUAAUUCUUUGUUUUCGUUGCACACAGUCAGGUGUCCAGAUCCUUUUGGCCAUGUAGUGUAAAAUACUCUUAGCGAGGCUUGUUUCUGAUUUUGGACUUGUGUUCACUUGCUGUUUCAUCUGUGCAUUUUUGUACUGCACUGAUUGUCAUGUCUUGGUUUCAGAUAAAAAAUGAAACAAUA